AUGGAAAAGUUCGGUGUUGCUCUUAUUAUAUUUACUCUCUUUUGGGGUUUAAUUGGUAUUGUUUUACCAUUUUUAAUUCCGAAAGGACCAAAUAAACGUCUUAUUCAAAUUAUGCUAAUAUUAACAUCGGCUUGCUGUUGGCUAUUUUGGUUAUGCUUCUAUCUUCAUCAAUGGAAGCCAUUAUUUGGACCACAACUUAAAAGUACUGAAGCUCGUAUUUUGCGUUCUCUCUGGGGUCAGGAGUUUUAA